GUAGAAGGUCAGUCAGUGUGUGUGCCUUAUCGGCCCACGUUCACGCAUGUAGACGGCACAGCCGUGCGUUGUUUUCUUCAACACCCCUGCCAGCUGCGGCCUAGCUACAGAAAGGGAUCUCACACUUGCCCCCAGGGGAUCUAACGUGGGACGCUCGAGCGUUGUAUCGCGCGAUCCUGCGCGGGCGUGCCCUUGUCUGGUACUCACCAGCCAGGCCGUGUCUGUCCUGCAGUCAAUCGCCUGCCUGAUGCCACGGCACAAGAUGACAAGGAGAAGCAAGAGAUCGAGUCCCAUCCCAUCCCGCACACUGAUCAGUCGCUUCUAUAAACCUCACCACAUCCUCCCCCUCGACCCCUUCAUAGUGAGUUUGUGGUUAUAGCCUCUAGCCAGCCAGACAGCCAUCGCCAUGGCGGCGGGCUUGAACAACACGAAGCUCAUGGUGACGGGCAUCAUCAUGAGCAUCUUCGCGUCCCUCAUCUUCUUCACCCACAUCUAUCUCGCCGUCAUCCGCAAACGCACCUUUUCGUGGGAAGACGGAUGGCUGACGGCAGCUUGGAUGGUCUUCAUUGUCAUCACCAGUCUUUACCUCAACGCCGGGCCUGUUAUAUUUCGAUUGCAAGAUGUCUCCGAGGGCAAAAUCGAACUGUACGACACAAUUAUGGACGAUACACUGGUUGUACAAAAGACGUUUUUUGUCGUCACCUCUGGUCUUUGGAUCUGCUUGUGGCUCAUCAAGGCUUCGCUGCUUUGCUUGUAUAAGCGCUUGAUGGCUGGUUUGAAGUCGUACAUCAUCCUCUGGUGGGUCGUCGUCUUCAUCUGCGUGGUGACACUCGCUGGCGCCAUCACCUCUUCCAUGUUGUCGUGCUCGAGCAUGAGCGCCUGGUUCACACCUGGGGCCUGCGGUACACCGCGCGACGUUCGGGCAGCCUACAUUAGCUUGUGGUACUCGUACUCUGUCGAUGUGUUUACCGAUCUCCUGGUCAUGUUCCUUCCCCUCGGCCUCAUCCGCAACCUCCAGAUGCACUGGAGACGCAAGAUUACAAUCGGCGCCCUCUUCUGCCUCGGAUGGGUCUGCAUUGCCGUGUCGACGAUCCGCGUAACAUACCUGGGCCACGACAAUGCCGCUGGCCAGGAGUUCAAGCAGCCCUCGACCUCUUGGCUCGCAGUCUGGGGUAUCGUCGAAGCUGCCAUUGCCGUCAUCAUUGGAUGCGGACCCGGUCUCUACCGCGAGGCCAAGGUUCUCAAGUCGGGUGGCCGCCUCACCUACAACCAAAACUACGACUACAACCCGGGUGGUGGUUACAUCAAGGCCACGAGCGGCCGAUCCCGCAACAAGUCUGGCAACGGGACGCUAAACGACAACGAGAUGAUGACCUACCCGCGUGCGACCGUGCAGAUCAACAAUCGCAGCGACAGUGAGGAGGACUUGUUCACCGAGCGUGGCAACAAGAACAUUAUGGUGACGAGGUCGGUCGUGAUCAGCCAAGACGAAGAUCAGCCGCACGCAAAAUAGAAUGAGCGAUAUUAUUUGACUUAUAGAAUUGACGGGC